AUGAAAUAGAAAGUAAAUAUAAUAGAGGGAUUGAAGAAUAAAAUUGAUAAAGAGAUUCUUCUAAGCAAUAUUGAUCUAUUGGGUUGGUUUCCUGAGAUGAAAAAUAUCAAGGUACUAGAGGGAGAUGAUUCUAGCAGUUACACAGAGAUGUUUUGA